AUUUGGAGGAGCUUGUGCCUGGGUUGAUUUCCAUGCCAGGAUCUGUUUGCCUGGACUCCUGGAGCUGUGAGGGCAAGGUGGCAGUGGGAGAGUGAGAGGUGGCAUAUGUUAGAACACUCAGGGUGUUCACAUUACUUGGAAGACGGCUGGACUUCAUGGUGGUGCCUUGAGCCGGUGGAAGUGGUUGGUCAUUUGCUGUAGUGACAAUGGCUUAGUCUUAAAAAGUCCGUAGGACUUACUAGAAAAACUGUCAGAUUUGAAAUCAGAUUGACCACAAUUCAAACCUGUGAUUCCUCAUCUUACUCACCUGUGGCCUUAAAGAAGUUACAUGACUCCUCUGAGCAUCAGUUUCUCCUUUGUAAACAGGGCUGAUGUUAUCUACUCCACCAGAGUGACUGUGAGAAUUAAAAGCGGUCAUAUGUGUAAAGCAUGUAACAGCCCCGCACACAGUAGACUCUCAUUUAGUACUGACUGCUGCCACGGCCGUCUCUAGUCUUGCUGUCUACUUCGCCAGCAAACACUACAACUUUGCACUGGAUAACUAAGGGAAGAAUUAGCGGUUCUGAAAGGACAUAGAAAUGUCCAGAUGUCUUUCCAGACCUCUUUCCGAUGUGCUCACAUCUCUUUAACUUCUGUUGGCUUUCAGCCCUACAGUUAAAUAACUUCAACAGCUGCCCAAGUAGGGCUGAUAACUCAGGACUCACUAGCUGGGAGAGGACUGUAACUGAGCUUAAAAAUAGAGCUACGUCCUUUGCCUGGUACGGGGGCUGUGCAAGCCUCUGGAGAAAAGGCCAGGCAGCAUCUGCAUACCUAGGCUGAGCUGGACUCUGGGGAGCUGGCAGCUGCAAACCUCCCAGGACCCUGCCAGGCAAGCCUGACUUUCCUUGGUCCAGAAGCCCUGAGGGUGCCACCAUGGAGUCUAACCACUGCUGAGCAGACAGCCACAGGAGGGCCGAAGUUCUGAACCUUCCUCUGGACCCAGGCAGGAGACACACAGCCAAGAAAGGCAAACUCACCAUGGCUUCCACCAAUGCAGAGAGCCAGCUCCAGAGAAUCAUCCGAGACUUGCAAGAUGCUGUGACAGAACUAAGCAAAGAAUUUCAGGAAGCAGGGGAACCCAUCACGGAUGAUAGCACGAGCUUGCAUAAAUUUUCUUAUAAACUUGAGUAUCUUCUGCAAUUUGAUCAGAAAGAGAAGGCCACCCUCCUGGGCAACAGAAAGGACUACUGGGAUUACUUCUGUGCCUGCCUGGCCAAGGUGAAAGGAGCCAAUGAUGGGAUCCGAUUUGUCAAGUCUAUCUCUGAGCUCCGAACAUCCUUGGGGAAAGGAAGAGCAUUUAUUCGCUACUCCUUGGUGCACCAGAGGUUGGCAGACACCUUACAGCAGUGCUUCAUGAACGCCAAAGUGACCAGUGACUGGUACUAUGCAAGAAGCCCCUUUCUGCAGCCAAAGCUGAGCUCGGACAUUGUGGGUCAACUCUAUGAACUGACUGAGGUUCAAUUUGACCUGGCAUCGAGGGGCUAUGACUUGGAUGCUGCCUGGCCAACAUUUGCCAGGAGGACGCUGGCCACUGGCUCUUCUGCUUACCUAUGGAAACCCCCUAGCCGCAGCUCCAGCAUGAGCAGUUUGAUGAGCACCUACCUGCAGACUCAAGAGAUGGCAUCCAAUUUUGACCUUAACAGUCCCCUAAACAAUGAGGCAUUGGAGGGCUUUGAUGAAAUGCGGCUAGAGCUGGACCAGUUGGAGGUGCGGGAAAAGCAGCUGCAGGAGCGCAUGCAGCAGCUGGACAGAGAGAACCAGGAGCUGAGGGCAGCUGUCAGCCUGCAAGGGGAGCAACUGCAGACAGAGAGGGAGAGAGGGCGCACUGCAGCAGAGGACAAUGUUCGCCUCACUUGCUUGGUGGCUGAGCUCCAGAAGCAGAGGGAGGUAACCCAGGCCACCCAGAACACUGUGAAGGAGCUACAGACGUGCCUGCAGGCCCUGGAGCUAGGAGCAGCAGAAAAGGAGGACUACCACACAGCCCUGCGGCAGCUGGAGUCCCUGCUGCAGCCCUUGGCACAGGAGCUUGAGGCCACACGGGAUUCACUGGGCAAGAGGAACCAGCAUUUAGCCAGCAUCCCAGACUGGCUGGCUAUGGCUCAGCAGAAGGCUGAUGCGGCACCAGACACAAAGGGCCAGCAAGAACCCAUUCCCAGUGAUGCGGCUCGGGAGAUCCAGGAGCUACAGGAGAAGCUUCGAGCCCUGGAAAGGGAGAGAACCAAGGUUGAAGAGGUCAACAGGCAGCAGAGUGCCCAGCUGGAGCAGCUGGCCAAGGAGCUGCAGCUGAAAGAGGACGCCCAGGCCAACCUGGAGCGCCUGGUGAAGGAGGUGGCCCCACUCCAGGAGGAGUUGUCUGGGAAGGGACAGGAGGCAGACCAGCUCUGGCGACGGCUGCAGGAGUUGCUGGCCCACUCGAGCGCCCGGGAGGAGGAGCUAGCAGAGUUGCGACGGGAGGAGAAACAGCGACAGGAGGAGAAGGAGCUGCUGGAGCAGGAGGUAACAUCUCUGACCCGGCAGCUGCAGUUCCUGGAGACCCAGCUGGCACAGGUGAACCAACAUGUGAGUGACCUGGAGGAACAGAAGAAGCAGCUCAUCCAGGACAAAGACCGCCUCAGCCAGAAGGUGGGUGUGCUGGAGCGGCUUGCUGGGCAGCCCGGCCCAGAACUGCCAGUGGCAGAUGAGAAGAAUGAGACCCUGGUCCCUGUGAACUCCCCUCUGCAAGUGGCCUGUGGGAAGCCGGAGGAGGAGCAGAGGAGCCUGCAGGGGGCACAGUUAGACGAUACCAAGGUGCAGGAGGGCAGCCAGGAGGCAGAGCUCCAGCAGGCCAACAGGGAGCUAGAGAAGGAGCUACAGAAUGUGGUUGGGCGUAACCAGCUCCUGGAGGGCAAGCUGCAGGCCCUGCAGGCCGAUUACCAGGCUUUGCAGCAGCGGGAAGCAGCCAUCCAGGGCUCCUUGGCCUCCCUGGAGGCGGAGCAGGCCAGCAUCCGGCACUUGGGCGAGCAGAUGGAGGCAAGCUUGCUGGCUGUAAGGAAGGCCAAGAAGGCCAUGAAAGCCCAGGUGGCAGAGAAGGAGGCCGCUCUGCAGAGCAAGGAGGGUGAGUGCCAGCAGCUGCGGGAGGAGGUGGAGCAGUGCCGGCAACUGGCAGAGGCCCGGCACAGAGAGUUUAGGGCUCUCGAGAGCCAGUGCCACCAGCAGACCCAGCUGAUCGAGGUCCUCACAGCAGAGAAAUGCCAGCAGGGAGUUAGCCCACUCCCCGACAGUGAAGCCCGUGAGCUGGCUGCGCAGCUGGCUGUGUCUCAGGCGCAGCUGGAAGUCCAUCAGGGGGAGGCCCAGCGGCUGCAGGCUCAGGUGGUGGACCUGCAGGCUAAGAUGCGGGCAGCUCUGGAUGACCGGGACAAGGUGCAGAGCCAGCUGAGCAUGGCUGAGGCAGUCCUGAGCGAGCACAAGACACUUGUGCAGCAGCUAAAGGAACAGAAUGAAGCCCUCAACAGGGCCCAUGUCCAGGAGCUGCUGCAGUGCUCAGAGCGUGAAGGGAUGCUGCAGGAGGAGAGGGCCGGUGAGGCCCAGCAGAGGGAGGAGGAGCUGCGGGCCCUGCAGGAGGAGCUGUCCCAGGCCAAAUGCAGCUCUGAGGAAGCACAGCUGGAGCACUCUGAGCUCCAGGAGCAGCUGCACCAGGCCAACACGGACACAGCCGAGCUAGGCAUCCAGGUUUGUGCAUUGACCAUGGAAAAGGAACGGGUGGAGGAGGCACUGGCCCGUGCUGUCCAGGAGCUCCGGGAUUCCAAAGAGGCAGCCUCAAGGGAGCGAGAGAGCCUGGAGCGCCAAGUAGCUGGGCUGCAGCAAGAGAAGGAGAGCUUGCAGGAGAAGCUGAAGGCGGCCAAGACAGCAGCCAGCUCACUGCCUGGCCUGCAGGCCCAGCUCGCCCAGGCCGAGCAGCGGGCCCAGAGCCUCCAGGAUGCUGCACACCAGGAGCUUGACACCCUCAAGUUCCAGCUGAGUGCUGAAAUCAUGGACUACCAGAGCAGACUUAAGAAUGCUGGCGAAGAGUGCAGGAACCUCAGAGGCCAGCUUGAGGAGCAAGGCCGGCAGCUGCAGGCUGCCGAGGAAGCUGUGGGGAAGCUGAAGGCCACCCAAGCAGACAUGGGAGAGAAGCUGAGCUGCACCAGCAACCACCUUGCAGAGUGCCAGGCAGCCAUGCUGAGGAAGGACCAGGAGGGGGCUGCCCUGCGUGAAGACCUAGAAAGGACCCAGAAGGAACUCGAAAAAGCCUCAAUAAAAAUCCAAGAGUAUUACAACAAACUUUGCCAGGCGGUGACAGACCGCGAGAGGAAUGACCAGAAGAUGCUCGCUGACCUGGAUGACCUCAACAGAACCAAGAGGUAUCUCGAGGAGCGGCUGAUAGAGUUGCUCAGGGACAAGGAUGCUCUCUGGCAGAAGUCUGAUGCCCUGGAAUUCCAGCAGAAGCUCAGUGCCGAGGAGAGGUGGCUCGGGGACACGGAGGCAAACCACUGCCUCGACUGCAAGCGGGAGUUCAGCUGGAUGGUGCGGCGGCACCACUGUAGGAUAUGUGGCCGCAUCUUCUGUUACUACUGCUGCAACAACUACGUCCUAACCAAGCACGGUGGCAAGAAGGAGCGCUGCUGCCGAGCCUGUUUCCAGAAGCUCAGUGAAGGCCCUGGCUCCCCUGAUAGCACUGGCUCAGGCACUAGCCAGGGAGAGCCCAGCCCUGCACUAUCACCAGCCUCAGCUGGGCCCCAGGCCACAGGACACCAAGGAGCAAUCACAGACUACAGGCCACCAGACGAUGCUGUGUUUGAUAUCAUCACAGAUGAGGAAUUGUGCCAGAUACAGGAGUCCGGCUCCUCCUUGCCUGAGACACCCACUGAAACUGAUUCUCUUGACCCAAAUGUGGCUGAACAGGACACUACAUCAACCUCACUAACGCCUGAGGACACUGAAGACAUGCCCGUGGGGCAGGAUGCAGAAAUCUGCCUGCUGAAGUCUGGAGAACUAAUGAUCAAAGUACCCCUCACAGUGGAAGAGAUCGCCAGUUUCGGGGAGGGCAGCAGGGAGCUGUUCGUGAGAUCCAGCACCUACAGCCUGAUCCCCAUCACUGUGGCCGAGGCAGGCCUCACCAUCAGCUGGGUCUUCUCCUCUGACCCCAAGAGCAUCUCCUUUAGCGUGGUCUUCCAGGAGGCCAAGGACACACCACUGGAUGAGUGUAAGGUCCUCAUUCCUACGACCCGAUGCAACUCCCACAAGGAGAACAUCCAGGGCCAGCUCAAGGUUCGCAUGCCUGGUAUCUACAUGCUCAUCUUUGACAACACCUUCUCAAGGUUUGUCUCUAAAAAGGUAUUUUAUCACUUGACGGUUGAUCGGCCCGUGAUCUACGAUGGAAGUGAUUUCCUGUAGCUUCAGCACCUCAGUAGCUUCACUUCAUCCACAGGAAACACUACUCUUCCUCACCUGUCACAUAAAGCAUUUUUUUAAAAAGUCAGCUGCUCCAAACUCAUCAGCUCUGCCCCUCUGGAAGAGAGGCCCCUGGGCUGCCCCUCAGAGGCAGCGUCUGGGGAGCACUUUGUGCUCAGCACGACGCACCAGUCACUGUUAGCCCCAGAGGCUUUGAAAGGCUCAGGCAGUGUUUCCGUUAAGUAGUAGAUCUCUAUCCAGCUGUUCUCAUGCCCAAAGGGAUGCUCUACCAAAGGCUUAAAUACCCAGGAGACCAUCAGCCUCUCCUGGAAGCACAGUUGGCUCCAGGCCUCCUGUGGAGGGUUUCACAGGCAGAGGUGAUCCCAACUUCUGCUGAUGGGGAGACUUUCUGCCCUGCGCCACCAGGGCCCUGCAUCUUGGAGACCUGAGCUGGUUGCCCUGACCAUGCCCUGUGAGUCCGCAGGCUAUGAGGCCCUCAAGUACUCCUAGGAAAAGGAAACACAUGCCAUCAUGCAAGCCAGGGUGCCAGGGGACCCUCCUGAGAUCUGGACCAGCCUCCUCCAGUCACGGUCCUGUCCCUCAGUGCCCCAGUAAGCUGGGGGCUGCUCCAGAACUCAGCAGUGUUGAAAGGGCCUCUACGCUGCACUCUCUUCCUGGCCCUUUUGUCUGGGUGACUCUGUCCUCAAGUAAAGCCCUUCACUCAGCCAGGCCUCUCCACAGCUCAAAACAUUGCCCUAAGAAUCAGAAGUAAAGAUAAUC